AUGGCGCUCACCAAAUUGUCAAGGAACGCUCUCAGAGUGGCUGGUAUCCUAGCUUUCGUGGCCAUCAUACUUGUGGCCACACUAGUACUCCGCGUCCAAGAUCACAUUGGAGACAUUCUGGAUUGGAUUGAGGCACACAAGGUCGCCGGAUCUCUAUCUUUUGUGGGAUUCUAUGCCCUCUUCACAGUGUUGCCAGUGCCAGCCGCUGUCAUGAGCCUGGCAGCCGGUACUAUCUUCAAGCUCACGCUCGGAUCUCUUUUGGUUUGGACUGGAGCAGUGCUGGGAGAGAUCGGGUGCUUCAUUGUUGGCAGGCUUAUUCUCCGCGAUUGGGUGGCAUCACUGGCCAAGAAAUAUGACAUCUGGCAGGCGGUGGAAGCUGCGGUGGAGGAGGAGGGGUGGAAGAUGGUGGUGCUGCUGCGGCUGAGCCCAGUCAUCCCCUUUGCCCUGCUCAAUUACAUGCUCAGCCUCACCGCCAUCAGUUUCUUCGACUACACCUGGGCCUCAGCACUCGGCAUCAUCCCAGGUGUGCUGGCGUAUGUGUACAUCGGCAGCCUGGCCAAUGAUGUGGGGGAGAUUCUGAGCGGCCGCACGGGAGUGUCUCCGGCAGUCACCAUCGUGUCGGCAGUGCUGUCGGGCAUCUUCAUCAUUGCUGCCUUUGUCAUCAUUACCCUAUACGCCAAGCGCGCUGUCAGCAGGCGCUUGGAGCAGGAGCGGCUGAGGAAUGGGGAUCUUGAGGCGGAUGCGGAUUUGGUGGCCAGGGAGGAUGGAGUGACUGAGCGCCUGAUACAGCAGCCUCUGCAUCAAGCCUGA